GCACCAAUAUUCCACACAGAAACUACUCAGGUGAGUGAGGCCCCUGAAUUGCAUCUCCAUUUUCCUUUUCUUGGCGCUGCGAGAGAUUGAGAGAGAUGGGCAAGAUCACGGCAGCCGAAUCGUUCGAGGCCGAGGUCGUCUGGCUAGGGCUGCCGCGGCGGAACACCAUCGCGGUGAGCAUUGAGAUGGACAGGCCCGUGCUGAGCCGCACGCUCCACGGCUUCCUGCUGCCGCACCGCGCCGCCCGCAGCUUCCUCAACGUCGGCGCCGCCGCCGCUUGCAAGGUCGCCGCCGAGGAUGCCUUCGACUGCCUCACCACAGGGGGUGUUUCGAGGCACAAAGUUAAGUGUUCAGUGAAGAACAUGUUCAAGGAGGGUACAUACUGGGGUGCUGCUGCUGGAGCUUUUGAGGCCAUCGAGUAUGGGGUGGAACUGAUGCGCGGCCGUUCCGAUUGGAAGAAUGCGACGAUCGGAGGCGCCUUAGCUGGUGCUCUCAUCUCCACCGCCAACAGCACCCACAGAGGCAACAAGGUGAUCAAGGAUGCCAUCGCCGGUGGCGCCAUUGGAACAGCUGUAGAGUUCAUCAGCCACCGCAGGCAUGUCGUUUUCGGUCCCAUCAGACUCGAUGAUACCCAUGAAAUUGUCCAAAUUUGGGAGCCACCACGAAAUGCCAAUAAGAGUGGCGCCAAAAUGGACAAACCAUGGGAAUUCAAAGACGCGAGCGAUUGGAUCAGUGGGAUAUGGGGCAAAGGACUGACGUCUCCUACACAACAACAGUAGCCUUUUGAUAGAGCAAGCUGGCCCGACCUUUUUACAAAAAGGGUUCUCAAAUCCACUCGCUCACACCAUAAUAAAGUCAAACUGUAAUGUGAUGUAAACCUCAAUAGUAUCAGUUGAACAAUAACCCCUCCCCCUAUAAAAACGAGGUUAUAGUGAACAUAGUCCCUAUGGAAGGAAGAAAAUAAAUUGGGGAACUGAAUACGACAUGUGUGCUUUUGUGUUUUCAAAAUGAUGCAAAUUCAGUA